AUGCCUGAUAAUAAUACGGAACAAUUACAGGGAUCUCCCUCAAGUGACCAGAGGCUGAGAGUUGACUGGGACGACGGUAACCAUUACGACGUUUCUCCCGAUAGGUACGCACCUCAUCUAUCAGAGUUUUACCCAAUUGUAAAUAAUAAAAGACCGGUGACCAGUAAUGCUGGCUCAGUCAAUAACGAUCACCUGGACGACAUGAACCAUUUGCGUUCUUCUAAAGUGUAUUCAAAGGCCCGUCGGGCAUCGAGCAUAACUUCUGGUACAAGCACAAUAAACGACUUGCAAACUUUAAUCACGAAGAGAGAUGUGAAGGAGACCCAGGAAGCUCUAUCGACGUUGUUCAGGAAUUCGAAUGCCUAUUCAGACUCGUUAUUAAAGACAUCUCAGAAUGGGGCGGAGAUUGCCCACUCUUUAGAAAAUAUUGCCAAGUUAAAGGGUUGUAACGACGAAACAGCGGAGAAACUAUUAAGUGCCAGUGGAUUAUUCUAUCUUCUGUCCAAUCAUCAGCUUAUAAUGUCAAAGUACUUCAACGACUUGUUGGGAGAUAAUUUAAUUGAUGACAUUGAUGAAUUCCAGUUACAGACCAAGAUAAUGGAGAACAAGUUCAAAGUACAAAGUAAAGAGCAAAGCUUAAAAUUGAAAUUGCAGGAGAGACAUAAUUUCGAUAUCUCGAAAAGGAAAAUAAGGAAUCUGAUUUCGUACCGAGAAAGUCUUUCCAGUUUGCAAGCACGAUUAGAUCAACUGGAGACCCUUAAGCACGACUUUUACAUGGAUUCAUACGAACUCGUCGAAAAUACAUGUAGUAAAGUACUCAGCAAAGUUGCCACAGUAUCCAGGGCGCAAGUGGAGAUUUCUGAAAAUAUUGCAAGAAAAGGUUGGUCUGGGGGUGGGCUAGACGAACUACUUUGUGAUGCAGACGACCCGUUCAGCAAAAAGGCCGAUGGACCCCAUGGGACCAUCGGUGGCGAUGAGGAGACUGUAGAAGAAGGAUACAACAGCGAUGAGGGAACGGGUGGGAAUGACGUGGUUCUCAACGAACUACUAGAGGGAACCAGCCAACCUUCUACGUCGAAAACAUCGUUACCGAAAUCCAAGGGUUCCUCGACGGGAUCCACAUCUAACCAUUCACAGUCAAGUUCCAACAAGGAGGGGGUACGAAGCAAUGACGGCGGCAAAAAUGGCGAAGAUGAGGAUACAGACAAUUUGAUGGGAGCGGAAAAUUCAUUUUCUUUACCACCUACGAGAAACUCCGCUGACGAAACCACACAUACGUUGAGACAGUUGUCCAUUAAAGAAGACAAUGACAACCACGACAGCGAUACGGACAGUAUGCAAGACCAGUCAAGUAAUAUAUAA